AUGCAGCAUCAAGCCCACCACCAGCAACAGGGUCACCCGCCUUCGCAACCGCUUCAGCAUUCGCGUCCCCCAAGCAUUGUUCACCAGCAACACCACCCUCAUUCGCAGCACCCGCCGCCGCAGCAUCACCAAGGCGCAUACUCGUCGCAACACACUCUCCCGCAGGCGUACCAGGCCGGCAACCAGGCGACCAGCACGCCAGAGACUUUGAACUACUACAACCACCCGAGCCCGUACAGCACUCCAGGUGCCACGAGCGGAUACACGUCCGCCGAUACCUCCGACAUGAUGGCCGCCGCUCAAAUGCCUAGACCUCCCUACCCUCCAAUGUCAUAUCAUACACCACAGUCCAAUUCGCCCGCAUCAGUAGCGUCACCAUCGCAGCAUGACCAGCACAGAAACCUGUACGGCCAGCCGCAGUCUCAGCAUUUGCAGCAGUCCAUGUACUACCAGCCUCCGCCUCAAUACCAGUCCAUGCCCCAUCAGGCGGCUCCCUCUCCCUACGCGCAGCAUGCCCAUCACCAACAACAUUCAAUGGCCUCGCAACCCAAUAUGAUGAUGUCGCAUGCAGCACAGCAGAACCAGAUGCCGCCGCACGCGGCGCAGCACGCACAGCAUGCGCAGGCCGGCAUGACGGGUAGCCCGCGACCCAAGAUCGAGCCCCAAGUUCCCCUGCAGCUGCAGAAACAGCAGCCUUCUCCCAUGUCGCAGCCCCACCACCAACAGGGUCCGCCACAACUUCAAAGUCCUGCCAACCCGACUCCUGCGGUCAACCCCAAUGCUGCUCCGGGCCCUAUCCCGGCAACGACGCCUCUCGUCGUCAGGCAAGAUGGCAAUGGCGUUCAGUGGAUUGCCUUUGAAUAUUCCCGGGACCGGGUUAAGAUGGAGUAUACCAUUCGCUGCGAUGUCGAGUCAGUAAACAUCGAGGAGCUCUCCCCAGAGUUCAAGCAGGAGAACUGCGUCUACCCCAGGGCUUGCUGCCCUAAAGAUCAGUACCGCGGAAACCGGUUGAUUUACGAGACUGAGUGCAACAGAGUCGGCUGGGCUCUGGCACAACUCAACGUGCCGCUGCGAGGCAAGCGAGGCUUGAUUCAGCGUGCAGUGGACAGCUGGCGCAACAGCAACCAAGAUCCUCGACUCCGAAGCCGACGAGUUCGCCGCAUGGCCAAGAUGAACAGUCGCAAGCAGCAGCAACAAGUCCAGGGCGCUCCGCACCCUGGUGCCCAUAUGUCAGGCCCCGGUGGGCCAGGAGGGCAUCCAGGCGCUCCCGCACCCAUGCCCACAGCUCAUGCGCCCAACAUGGGCAAGCCAACGAUAGGCGGCAUGGGGCAACCUAUGCACCAUCACCAUGCCGGGGGCCACCCUGACGGCGGCGCACCGGGUGGAGAAGAAGUCGGUAUGUUUCACCAGAUGUAA